AUGAGUCAAAGUGAUCCGAAGAAUAAAAGUCCUCCAAUGGAAGCUUCCUUAACGAAACAUCUUUUUUAUGAUAGGCUUUUACUGAUUCUCCCCAUAGAAUCUAAUUUGAAGACGUAUGCUGAUGUGGAAGGAGACCAGAUAUUCAAUUCGUGCAGGUCCGUCAUUCUAAAUAUAGCCAUCACAAAAGAUCUGAACACAAUUAUCGAGAACACAAUCGGCUUGAUUGAAUUGAUUGUUCAAGAUGAAGAAAUUACCUCCGAUAACAUUACUGAUGAUAUUGCACAUUCCAUAUUGGUUCUUUUGAGAUUACUAAGUGAUGUUUUUGAAUAUUACUGGGAUCAGAACAAUGACUUUAAAAAAAUUCGAAAUGAUAAUUAUAAACCAGGCUUUUCUAGUCAUAGACCAAACUUCCACACAUCUAGACCCAAGGAUACAAGAAUUAAUCCGAAUUUAGCCACCUCUUUAUUAUGUCUGGUUUCUAGACUAAAGUUCAAUACGAGGACUUUAAAGGUUUUAAAGAACAUGUCGCACCAUCUUUCUGGCAAUACUGCCGUUGCAAAGUCAAGUGUUUUGCCCGGUUCACAAGAAUUUUUGGAAAAGAGGAACUAUCCAGCAUAUACCGAGAAAAUAGAUCUAACAAUAGAUUAUAUCCAAAGGUUCAUAGCUGCCUCCAAUCAUACAGAAUUUACUAAAUGCGUAAAGACCAAAGUAGUUGCGCCUCUGUUGAUAUCACAUACUUCGAAUGAAUUAGGUGUAGUAAACCAUCUGGAUCUAUUUGGUUGUACAUAUUUGACCGAUAAAAAUCUGCUGGCAUACCUGGAUAUUCUACAACAUUUAUCGAGUUAUAUGAAGAGAACCAUAUUUCAUUCCUUAUUAUUAUACUAUGCCUCGAAAGCAUUUUUGUUUUGGAUAAUGGCAAGGCCAAAGGAAUACGUCAAAGUUUAUACCAACUUAUUACUAUCAGAUGAUAAUAAUUCAUCAUCUUCAUCGGAUAAUAACGGCUCGAAUAAAUCUGAUAAGGCGACCAUAUCCCAAUUGGUCUCAGUUUUAUUUGACGACAUCUAUUCUACUUUUAACGUAUCGUCAUCAUUAACCAAUGUCUACAAUGAUCACCAUCAUCUUAUUCACCACUCCUCCUCUUCAUCAAAGACGACAAGUACCAAUAGUCCAAGCUCUGUAUCAAAAUUGUCCACAAAGCAAUCAAGUACAAAUGUUUCAGGUAAUGUUUCUCCACCCCAGUUUGUCCCUGGGAAUGAUGCAUCUCCUACUUCCCAAAUGGCGUCAUUGAGUUCGCCUUUGAAUUCAAAUAUUAUAGGGUUCCCAUUGUCUCCUAUAGCCUCAACACUAGUGGAUGCGAGCACAGCUACAUCGAACACAGCAGCACCAACACAUUCAGAUACUAAUACACCCACUACUACGAAUACGAAUACCGGUAAUAAUGGUAACGACAACGCUAAUCUUAAUAAUAUUCCACAACACAUUUUUUCCCUAGAUGAUAUUUCAUCGUUCAAUUCAAGUAGGAAGUCCCUCAAUUUGGAUGAUAGUAACUCCUCUUUUUUCUGGGACAACUCGCAACAUUCCAACACAUCGAUGGGAAAUACGAAUCCUCAUCCAAGUCAGAGCAAUUCCCAGCCUCAAGACGUGCAUUCUUCUUUAAACUAUAUGGAAAACAUCAUGGAGCUCUAUUCCAAUUAUACAGGAUCAGAAUUGUCUUCUCACACUGCGAUAUUAAGAUUUUUGGUUGUCUUGACUCUAUUAGACAGUGAGGUCUAUGACGAUAUGAACUCAAACUCAUACAGAAAAGUUUCAGAACCAAUAAUGAAUACUAAUUCUAAGGACUUUAAUACUUCAAGUUGGAGCUCAGCAUCGAAGAAUCCAAGUAUUAAGCAUCUUACACAUGGCCUAAAGAAGCUUACUUUGCAACAAGGUAGAAAGCGUAAUGUAAAAUUUCUGACUUAUUUAAUCAAAAAUUUGAAUGGUGGACAAUUCGUUUCGGAUAUUUCCCUAAUUGAUUCUAUUAGAUCAAUUUUAUUCUUAAUGGCAAUGACCUCUUCUAUAUCUCAGAUCGAUCCGAAUAUUGGCUCUGUCAUUUUCACAAAGAGAUUUUUCAACUUGUUGGGCCAGAAUCUAGAGGUUGGCACCAAUUGGAAUUCUGCCACUACGAACACUUUUAUCUCACAUUGUAUUGAAAGAAAUCCUGUUACUCAUAGACGUUUACAAUUGGAAUUUUUUGCAAGUGGUUUGCAGUUAGAUCCUGAUCUUUUUUUAAGACAUUUACAAUUGGAAAGGGAGCUAAACCACAUAAACCUACCUAAAAUAUCAUUAUAUACUGAAGGGUUUAGGGUAUUUUUCCACUUGGUAAGCACUAAAAAACUGCACGAAGAAAUCGCAGAAAGGACAUCUUCUCCGUUAAAAAGAUUGUUCUGCAUCAUUGCUGAUAUUUUGUUGAAGGCAACUCCCUAUUUUGAUGACAACGUAACUAAGAUUAUUUCUUCUAUCUUGGAUGGACAUAUUUUAGAUCAAUUUGAUGCUGCUAGGACACUUUCUAAUGAUGACCAUGCCAGUUUCGAUGUCGCUGCCAGCAUUUACAAUGAGCCAACCAACAUUAUUCAUAACUCUUCGGAUGCUUCAUUAGUCUCCUCGUUUUCUCAAUCACCUUUAUCAUUCAAUUCUGGAAGUAACAUCACCCAUGUGCGCACUUGGGAAAUUCAAUCAAUCUUGCCAACUUUAUCAAAUAAAUCUAGCGCUUCUGAUUUGAGCUUGUCCAAUGUUUCAACAAAUCCUGUCGAAUCGCAGCAAAGUAGCAAUGCAAAUCCGUUAUCCCACAGAUUAUCCGGGGUUCCUACGAGCAAGAGGUACGCUUCGCCGAACGAUUCCGAAAGAUCACGACAAAGUCCCUAUUCUUCCCCCCCGCAAUUACAACAAAAUGACUUACCCUCACCUCUAUCGAUCCUUUCGUCUGGUGCUGGAUUUCCAUCGAGUCAUUCUAUGACGGUAACUCCCACAAUUUUGAAGAAUAUUAAAUCUCCAAAGCCAAACAAGUCAAAGAAAGUUACAGAUGAUAAACAACUGAGACAGUCUUCUCAUAAUAGGAUAAUACUAACUGAUAAUGAUGAAGCAAGGAAAAUCAUGAUGAAUAUUUUUAGCAUCUUCAAAAGGAUGACAAACUGGUUUAUACGUCCAGAUGCUAAUACUGAAUUUCCAAAAACUUUCACGGAUAUUAUAAAACCACUUUUUGUGGCUAUACUGGAUUCUAAUCAAAGAUUACAAGUGACAGCACGUGCAUUUAUUGAAAUCCCGUUAAGUUACAUAGCAACCUUUGAAGAUAUCGAUAAUGAACUUGACCCAAGAGUGCUGAAUGACCACUAUUUGUUAUGUACAUAUGCUGUAACUCUGUUCGCAUCUUCGUUGUUUGAUCUUAAGCUAGAAAAUGCUAAGAGAGAAAUGUUACUGGAUAUUAUUGUUAAAUUCCAACGGGUUCGUUCUUAUUUAUCGAAUUUGGCGGAGAAACAUAAUUUAGUCCAGGCCAUUAUCACAACGGAAAGAUUGACGUUACCAUUAUUAGUAGGCGCCAUUGGAAGCGGGAUUUUCAUCUCAUUAUACUGUAGUCGUGGAAAUACACCACGCCUGAUAAAAAUAUCAUGCUGUGAAUUUUUACAUUCCUUGAGGUUUUACCAGAAACACGUAGGACCGUUAGAUCAAUAUUCCAUUUACAACAUUGAUUUUAUUGAUGCCAUGGCCCAAGACAACUUUACUGCCUCAGGAUCAGUUGCCUUUCAACGUCGUCUGAGAAAUAACAUUCUGACUUAUAUCAAAGGAUCCGAUUCAAUACUGCUUGAUUCAAUGGACAUAAUUCACAAGAAGUGGUUUUACUUCAGCUGUUCGAAAUCACUUACACAAGAGGAACUAGUGGAUUUUAGAAGCUUGGCAGGCAUUUUGGCUUCAAUGUCAGGCAUUCUUUCUGAUAUGCAGGAGCUGCAGAAAAAUAAAAAUGCCGCGGUCACUAACGAAGAUAUGUCAUCACCGGAUUUACGGAAUCCCGCGUACGAAAUUCAUAAUAAACUUAAAUGUGAACUAACAAAAAAGAUGAACUACUUUGUUUCAAAACAGUGCCAGUGGCUGAAUAAUCCCAAUUUAUUGACUAGAGAAAACUCAAGAGAUAUUUUGAGCAUUGAAUUGCACCCAUUAUCUUUCAACUUGUUAUUUGAUAAUUUAGGAGUGAAGAUAGAUGGACUGAUGUCCAUUGAUCUUUCAAAGCCGCACGAGGAUUCAUCUUUCGUUUUGCUGGAACAGAUCAUAAUCAUAAUAAGGACCAUAUUAAAGAGGGACGAUGAUGAAAAAAUAAUGUUAUUGUUUCUCACUGACUUACUUGACGCUGUUAGUAAACUAACUGAAACAGUCGAAAAAAUUUCUGCAAAAUCAUCAAAAUAUUAUAAGGGAAUUAUUCAAAUGUCCAAAAUGUUCAGAGCAUUUGAACACUCUGAAAUGAACCUUGGUAUUUCAAACCAUUUUCAUCUGAAAAAUAAGUGGUUAAAAUUAGUUAUCAGCUGGUUUAAACUGUCCAUCAAUAAAGACUACAAUUUUGAGAACCUGUCAAAACCAUUGAGAGAGAUGGAUUUGCAGAAAAGAGACGAAGAUUUUCUUUAUAUUGAUACUUCAAUUGAGUCUGCAAAGGCAUUGGCUUAUCUGACGCGCAACGUUCCGCUGGAGAUACCGCCUUCAAGUUCAAAGGAAGAUUGGAACAGGUCCUCUACAGUAUCAUUUGGUAAUCACUUUACUAUACUGUUAAAGGGUUUGGAAAAAAGUGCGGACCUGAGCCAGUUUCCGGUUUCAUUGAGACAUAAAAUUAGUAUACUCAAUGAGAAUGUAAUUAUUGCAUUAACAAAUUUGUCUAAUGCCAAUGUCAGUGUUUCUCUAAAAUUUACAUUACCAAUGGGUUACUCUGCAAAUAAGGAUAUCAGAAUUGCCUUUUUAAGAGUUUUCAUAGAUAUCGUGUCAAACUAUCCAAUCAAUCUUGAAAAGCAUGAAAUGGACAAAACGUUGGCGAUGGACGAUAUGCUGAUGUAUAUAAUUAAGAAUCCGAUACUUGCAUUCUUUGGCAGCCUGGCUUGUUCACCUGCCGAUGUUGAUUUAUAUGCUGGUGGGUUUUUAAACGCUUUCGAUACACGAAACGCGUCUCAUAUCCUUGUUACCGAGCUGCUCAAACAAGAAAUCAAACGGGCCGCACGCUCUGACGAUAUCCUGAGAAGUAAUAGUUGUGCAACUAGGGCUUUGUCGCUUUAUACAAGGUCCAGAGGUAAUAACUAUUUGAUAAAAGCAUUGAGACCUGUUUUGCAAGAGAUAGUCGACAAUAAGGAGUCUUUUGAAAUCGAUAAAAUGAAGCCAGGAGUUGAAACCUCUGAAAAGAUGUUGGACUUAUUCGAAAAAUACAUGACAAAACUGAUUGAUUCAAUUACGAACUCCAUUGGUGAUUUUCCAUUAGAACUAGUUGACAUCUGUAAAACGAUCUAUAACUCUGUCAGUGUCAAUUUUCCUGAAUAUGCAUACAUUGCAGUAGGUUCAUUCGUAUUUUUGAGAUUUAUCGGGCCUGCCUUGGUAAGUCCUGAUUCAGAAAAUAUAAUUAUUGUCACGCAUGCUCAUGAUAGAAAGCCUUUUAUUACUCUGGCAAGAGUUAUCCAAAGUUUAGCCAAUGGCACGGAGAAUGUUUUCAAGAGAGAUAUCUUAGCUUCAAAAGAGGAAUUUUUAAAUGCCUGCAGUGAAAAGAUAUUCAAUUUCUUGUCAGAAUUAUGCAAAAUGCCUACUGAAAACUUUGUCGUUAAUGUAAGGGAAGACCCCACUCCGAUAGAUUUUGAUUAUUCUUUUUUGCACAAAUUUCUUUAUCUUAAUGAUUUUAGCAUACGGAAGGAAAUCAUCAAAGAAUCCAAUUUACCAGGGGAAUUUAAUUUUCUAAAGGAUACUGUUAUGCUCACCGAUAAAAUUCUUGGAGUAUUGGGUCAACCUCAGAUGGAAAUCAAAAAUGAAAUCCCUCCUUUUGUCGUCGAGAAUCGAGAAAAGUACCCUUCGUUAUAUGAAUUCAUGAGUCGUUAUGCGUUCAAGAAGGUGGAUUUAAAAGAAGAAGAAGAAAAUGCACCAUUUGUGCAUGAGUCAAUGACGUUAGAUGGUAUACAGAUCAUAAUUGUGACAUUUACCGAUUGCGAAUACAACAAUUACAUCAUGGACUCAUUAGUCUAUAAAGUAUUGCAAAUAUACGCGAGAAUGUGGUGUUCAAAGCAUUAUGUGAUUCUUGAUUGCACUACAUUUUAUGGUGGGAAAGCAAAUUUUCAAAAGCUAACCACGCUAUUUUUUGGUUUGAUACCUGAGCAAGCAUCAAAGAAUUGUAUGGGGUGCUAUUAUUUCAAUGUCAACAAAUCAUUCAUGGAGCAAUGGGCUGCAUCAUACACUGUAGAGAACCCAUAUCUCGUAACUGAGAUACCUCAUUGUUUCAUUAACAGCAAUAGUGAUCAAAGUCUAAUAAAAUCGCUGGGUUUAAGUAGUAGAAGUUUAGAGGUUUUGAAAGAUGUGCGAGUUACUUUGCAUGACAUUACUCUUUAUGAUAAAGAAAAAAAGAAGUUUUGUCCCGUUUCAUUAAAGAUAGGAAACAAGUACUUUCAAGUCCUACAUGAAAUUCCGCAGCUGUACAAAGCCGUUGUAACAGAGAGAACAUUCAGCAUUAAAUUUAACAAUGUUUACGAGAUAUCAGAUUUGAUUUCAGUUGAUGUCUCUAACACCACUGGUGUGUCUUCAGAAUUUACUCUAAGCCUUGACAAUGAAGAAAAAUUGGUUUUCUGCGGCCCUAAGUACCUAGAAAUUGUCAAGAUGUUUUAUUAUACCCAAUUAAAGAUGGAAGAAGAAUUUGGCACCGAUUUUUCGAACGACGUUUCAUUUUCGACAUCCUCUUCUGCAGUGAGUGCGUCUGAUUGCAAUGUAAAAGAAGUAGGUGAGAUUAUAUCGCAUUUAUCGCUGGUAAUCCUUGUUGGUCUAUUCAAUGAGGACGAUCUCGUCAAAAAUAUAUCAUACAAUCUCCUUGUAGCAACCCAAGAAGCGUUCGACUUGGAUUUUGGAACAAGACUUCACAAAUCCCCAGAGACGUAUGUACCCGAUGAUACUACUACAUUUUUGGCUCUAAUAUUCAAGGCUUUCUCGGAAUCGUCAGCAGAGCUAACUCCAUAUAUAUGGAAGUAUAUGCUGGAUGGUCUUGAAAAUGAUGUUAUUCCUCAAGAGCAUAUUCCUACGGUUGUCUGUUCAUUGUCUUACUGGGUGCCAAACUUAUAUGAGCAUGUAUAUUUGGCGCACGACGAAGAAGGUCCGGAGGCGAUCUCCCGUAUUAUUUACAGUUUAAUCAGACUGACAGUGAAAGAGCCAAAUUUCACGACGGCUUACCUCCAACAAAUAUGGUUCUUACUGGCCUUGGAUGGUCGUCUCACAAAUAUAAUAGUUGAGGAAAUAGUAAGUCAUGCGUUGGAUAGAGAUUCCGAAAAUAGGGAUUGGAUAAAGGCAGUCUCGAUACUAACCAGCUUCCCAACAGCAGAAAUUGCUUGCCAAGUAAUAGAAAAACUAAUUAAUAUGAUCAAAUCAUUUCUACCCUCUCUUAUGGUUGAGGCAUCCGCUCAUAGUUGGUCUGAGCUUACUAUUUUAUCGAAAAUUAGCGUAUCAAUCUUUUUUGAGUCGCCCCUACUUUCUCAGAUGUAUUUACCAGAAAUUCUCUUUGUCGUAUCUUUAUUAAUCGAUGUUGGUCCUUCCGAAAUAAGAGUUUCUUUGUAUGAGUUGUUGAUGAAUGUUUGUCAUUCUUUGACCAACAAUGAAUCUUUGCCUGAGAGGAAUAGAAAGAAUUUAGAUAUAGUCUGUGCAACUUUUGCUCGUCAAAAGUUGAACUUUAUUUCCGGUUUCAGCCAAGAAAAAGGGAGAGUUUUGCCAAAUUUCACAGCUUCCUCCUUUUCGAGUAAGUUUAGCACAUUAGAUCUUUUCACGAGGAACAUUAUGCUUUUAAUGGAAUAUGGUUCCAUCUUAGAAAGCGCUCAAUGGGAAACUAAAUAUAAGAAGUAUCUAAUGGAUGCGAUUUUCGGCCAUAGGUCAUUCUUCUCUGCGAGGGCUAUGAUGAUUUUAGGUAUUAUGAGUAAGUCUCAUACGUCCCUUUUUCUCUGUAAAGAACUCCUGGUUGAAACUAUGAAAGUUUUUGCCGAGCCAGUUGUGGACGAUGAGCAGAUGUUCAUAAUUAUAGCCCAUAUUUUCACCUAUAGCAAGAUUGUUGAAGGGUUGGAUCCCUCUUCCGAUCUAAUGAAAGAGCUAUUCUGGCUGGCUACAAUAUGUGUGGAAUCCCCUCAUCCAUUACUUUUUGAAGGAGGUCUACUAUUCAUGGUGAACUGUUUGAAGCAACUGUACACAGUCCAUUUGCAACUUGAUUUCGACGGCAAAUCACUAGCAAGAAAAUUAAUGGAGUCCAGAAAAUUUGCUGCUACCCUUCUAACAAAAUUAGAGUCAUACAAUGGAUGUAUAUGGAACGAAGAUAAUUUUCCGCACAUUAUUUUAGGAUUCAUUGCGAAUGGUUUAUCUAUCCCUGUUGUGAAGGGGGCUGCAUUAGAUUGCCUACAGGCCCUUUUUAAAAACACCUACUAUGAAAGAAAAUCAAACCCAAAAUCCUCAGAUUAUCUUUGUUACCUUUUUUUGCUGCAUUUAGUAUUGAGUCCUGAACAACUUUCUACCUUAUUACUUGAAAUUGGCUUCGAGGACGAACUGCUACCUUUAAACAAUACGAUUAAAGUACCACUAACUUUGAUCAACUGGCUAAGUUCAGACUCAGAGAAAUCAAACAUAGUCCUAUAUCAAGGAGCUUUGCUGUUUAGUUGCAUCAUGUCAGAUGAGCCGUGUAAGUUUCGUUUUGCCCUGCUCAUGAGAUACUUGCUUAAAGUCAAUCCUAUUUGUAUCUUCAGAUUCUAUACUUUGACAAGAAAGGAACUCAGGAGGUUAUCAACGCUAGAACAAUCAUCUGAAGCGGUUGCUCUCUCUUUCGAAAUAAUUGGCAUGCUUGUUACUCAUAGCGAAUUCAAUUAUUUGGAAACAUUUAACGGUGAGAUGAUUGACCUCCUGAAGAAAAGAGGCUUAUCAGUCGUGAAACCGCUGGACAUUUUUGAUCAAGAUCAUUUGGAGAAGCUAGAGGGAGAAGGUGAGCAUCAAAUAGCAAUUUACGAAAGAAAGAGACUAGCAACGAUGAUUCUGGCAAGAAUGUCCUCCUCCUAA